AUGUCAAACAGCAACACCUAUCAAGUACAAUGUGACGAGCUCAAAGAGUCAAAAAAUGCUGUCGCACCCUCUGCGAAAACAGUGGAUGACUUUUUAAAAUUGGGAAACUACUGCUAUUUGGUUCUUUUGACCUCUGAAUUUAUUCUAUUGGGCAGUACUGGCAAUAUGACCUACAUGAUUUUCGCUGCAAGCGCUCCACGGGUUUCCUGUCAUGGUUCCAAUUUCACUAUCAAAGAUGUAUGCAAAACUCAUAAGAACCUGUCGUCUCUGACUAAUUGUGAUUUGGAAGUACAGUACGAAUUCAAGUCGCUUAAUGUUGAGUUCGAAUAUUUAUGCGCAGAGGGACAUUGGGUAAAAAGCAGCAUUUCUGUGCAAACCAUAGGUGUUCUUGUGGGCACACUAUUUUUUGGCGUUAUAAGUGAUCGAUUCGGCAGAAAAUCGAGUCUUGUCGUUUCUUUCGUUAUUACAUCAGUGUUAAGCAUAAUAACAUCUUAUUCUACAUCACUGUUCAACUUCACCCUGCUUCGUACUAUUCUUUCUUUCUUCAAUGGAGGUCUUUUGGGUACUUAUGGUGUGUACAAACUAGAGCACAUCCCGAGGCGACAUCGAUUCUGGGUGAUGGCGAUAAUCGCUUGGGCACCGAAUUUCAUACUCCUUGGAGUCGCAUACAUUUCCCAUGACUGGCGGACAUACCAAAGAGUGCUUUUUGUGAUUAGUUCACCAGCGCUGAUUUUAUUUUUUUUUAUCUAUGAAUCGCCUCGCUGGCUCAUACAAAAAGGAAAGAUUGAAGAGGCAAGGAAAGUUUUACAACAAAUCCAGCAAAUUGACAGGCAAAAGGAAGCCAAAAAGAAUGAAAUGGAGAAAAUGCUGGAUGCAGCUUAUGAGAAAAUGCAAGCCUUGGAGAAGAAGCAAAAAAAUUACAACGUUCGCCAUCUUUUCUACACAAAAAAGAUGGCGUUAGCAACAACAACGUACUGCGUGGGAAUGUUCAUGACGAGUAUAGUCAGCUACGGUCUGAUAUUCAAUCUUGAAGCAUUAUCUGGAUCAUUCUUCAUCAAUUCCAUUGCUACGGGUUCAUUUCGCUUUUCGAUCAAUAUUGCUUUUGCUUUGCUUGACUACAAGUACGUCAUUACUCAUAUUCACAUCUGCAAUGAGCUUUUAUCCAAGUUUCUGCAGAGUUAA